CUCAAAAAUUAUCUGAAGAAACUAUUAAUUUUAUCACAGCUAGCACCAAUAACAUUGAUUUUGAUCAAAAUAAUCAACAAUCUGUAUCUAAUACUCUAUCUAUAGAAGAAGACCUAUUAACUGAACAAGAAGCCUUACAAUCUAUAUCUAUACAAUCUUAUAAUAUUGAGAAUACAGAAGAUACCAAAGAUCUAUGGGAAAUAAUUGAAGAAACUGUAAUCGCUUCUG